AUGGAUCUCUUGUCCGCAUACGAGCAGUCUAUUGCCGAUGAAGUCGUUGCGGAUACAGAAGAACUCGAAGCGCGAAAAGAAAAGCUUCGCACCAGUGUAGAAAGUGCUCAUCUUGCAUACUCAGCUGCCGAGAAGCUCAACACUCGUCGUCGACUUGCUUUCCCCCGUGCAAUGUCCAUGAUGGAGCAGCUUCGUCUUCAGCGGGAAGAUGAUAUGGCCAAGGGCCGACCCGAAUUGUCACAAGAGUGGCACGACAUUCAAGUCAAACGACAAAAUCUGGAACCAUUGACGUCGGAGGAACAGAAGAAGUUUAACCGUCUUCGUCUGAGCCAGAUGACUCGCGUGAUACAAGGCGUUGAUAUUAUUUUCCUGACGUUAUCCUCUUCCGCAGAUGCUUUGAUUACGGAAAACAUCAAGCCGGACUUCCUCUACAUGGAUGAGGCAAGCCAGAUCACCGUUCCCUCCGCCUGUGUCGGCUUUCAACAUAAACCAUUGCACACGUUUGUCAUCGGCGAUCUCAUGCAACUCGGGACCAGCAGAGCUGGGAAAAAGGCCAACGCAGCUCACGGUUACACCUAUGUAUCGAUACUCGAGUAUCUCCACAUCAAGAAGGUGCUGGAAAUUCCCAGCAAGAUCCAAUACCGCGUUCCUCCGGAGAUCCUAAAGUUCGUCACGCCGAACUUCUAUCCAUCUGGUCUUAUUGCCCAUGAGUGCACGUUCAACGCCGCGGCAGAGGCGCAUCCGGCCCGUGUGGCUGUCAGAGCCUUUUCUCAACACCUUGGGUGCAAUUCACCCGAAAGGGGCAAGGGAGGCUUCAAUUUCCUGAUGAUUGAUGUCCCAGGCGGGGUUGGUAAACGGGAAGCCAACGGGCACUCCAAAGUCAAUUACGCGGAAGCUUGGUCUGCCGCUCAGACUAUAACCGACCUGCUGAACAGAGGCUGUCCGCUUACCGACAUCUGUGUCAUAAGAUAG